UGUAUGGGUACAUAACGUUUGCGGAUGUGUCCUGCAGGUGUGAGCCAGCGGACGCUUCUGCCAAGCGUCUGCACACGCUUCUGUGUGCUUAGAGUGACUUGGCACCCCCGCGUGUGUCCUGUGGGAGGGAACGGAACCCCACAAGGGCUGGGACAAGCGGGAACGUGCGAGUGUGCGUCCUGCGGCUCCCUGCUCAGCCUCCUGGCGGUCCUGCCCGUGUGCGCGAGUGGAAGGCGCCCGGGGCCCGCGGGUGUGCGCGCGCCGGUGCCAGUGCGAGUGAGUGCGGCGCCGUUCGCUCGCUCCGCUCCGCGCCCGCCCGCGCAGCCCGCACACUCACACUGCUUGGUUGCUGCCGGGUGACGCGGGCUGGGCCCGCCCCCCGCCUGCCGGCCCCUGGCACUCACUCGCCGGCCGCCGCCGAGCAGGCAGCAGCCGCGUCAGGGCCGUCCGGGGGGCGCCGCCGGCGAUGCCCGCAGCCCUCGCCGCGCCCCGCCGGGCCUGCUGAGCCGCUCCCCCCCCCCCCCACCCCGGGCCGGGGCCGCGCCGGGCCGGGCCGGGCCGCGCCCGGGCGGGGCCGCGCUGCCUGCAUGACCCUCCGGCGGCGCGGGGAGAAGGCGACCAUCAGCAUCCAGGAGCAUAUGGCCAUCGACGUGUGCCCCGGCCCCAUCCGGCCCAUCAAGCAGAUCUCCGACUACUUCCCCCGCUUCCCGCGGGGCCUGCCCCCGGACGCCGGGCCCCGCGCCGCUGCGCCCCCGGACGCCCCCGCGCGCCCCGCCGCGGCCAGCGCGGGCCGCCGCAGCCCCUCCGACGGCGCCCGCGACGACGACGAGGAUGUCGACCAGCUCUUCGGAGCCUACGGCGCCAGCCCGGGCCCUAGCCCCGGCCCCAGCCCGGCUCGGCCGCCCGCCAAGCCGCCCGAGGACGAGCCGGACGCCGACGGCUACGAAUCCGACGACUGCACUGCCCUGGGCACGCUGGACUUCAGCCUGCUCUACGACCAGGAGAACAACGCCCUGCACUGCACCAUCAGCAAGGCCAAGGUGCCAAAGUUGAUGUUCUCCCGCAAGGGCUUGAAGCCGAUGGACCACAACGGGCUGGCGGACCCCUACGUCAAGCUGCAUCUGCUGCCAGGAGCCAGUAAGGCAAAUAAACUUCGAACGAAAACUCUCCGAAACACUCUGAACCCCACAUGGAAUGAGACCCUCACUUACUACGGGAUCACAGACGAAGACAUGAUCCGGAAGACCCUGCGGAUCUCCGUGUGUGAUGAGGACAAAUUCCGCCACAAUGAGUUCAUCGGGGAGACGCGCGUGCCCCUGAAGAAGCUGAAGCCCAAUCACACCAAGACCUUCAGCAUCUGCCUGGAGAAGCAGCUGCCGGUGGACAAGACAGAAGACAAGUCCCUGGAGGAGCGGGGCCGCAUCCUGAUCUCCCUCAAGUACAGCUCGCAGAAGCAGGGCCUGCUGGUCGGCAUCGUGCGCUGUGCACACCUGGCCGCCAUGGACGCCAACGGCUACUCGGACCCCUACGUGAAGACAUACCUGAAGCCAGAUGUGGACAAGAAAUCCAAACACAAGACAGCAGUAAAGAAGAAGACCCUGAACCCCGAGUUCAACGAGGAAUUCUGUUACGAGAUUAAGCAUGGGGACCUGGCGAAGAAGACCCUGGAAGUCACUGUUUGGGAUUAUGACAUUGGAAAAUCCAACGAUUUCAUUGGCCCUUGGGAGUCAGAAGGUCACCAUGUCCCUCGCUACUCCUUCGGUUCCCUUCUUGCAGGAGGCGUGGUUCUGGGCAUCAAUGCUAAGGGCGAGCGCCUGAAGCACUGGUUCGACUGCCUGAAGAACAAGGACAAGCGGAUCGAGCGCUGGCACACGCUCACCAAUGAACUCCCAGGGGCUGUGCUCAGCGACUGACCAGCCCCCACCUGCUGCCGCACCCGCCCCUACCUGUCACCUGGCCCAGCACCAGCCUGGCCCUGGGCUUCCUCAGCUGCCACCAAGGGCCUUGGCCCUCAUCUUGGGGGAGAUCCAGGAUGCUGCUCAGACACAGAGCCACUGCAGCCCCCGCUUGGAGGCUGUGGAGGACCUAGCCACUCCAAGGGAGAGCAAGGCCAGAAAGCUGGGCCUGCUUCCAGCCCCCUGGGGCCCAAGAGGGCAGGAGAUGGUUGAGGACCUUGGCCUCAGCACCCACCCCAGGGAAGGGAAGGGGGCCGUCCAGGGGCUGAGGACCCUACUUGAGGUCAGUAGUAAGUCACGGGGACCCCAGGUGGAGAGAACAGGAGUGCAGGGGCGCCUUGGCCUUGGUGGGGCCAGGGAGAACUCCUGAGGGACAUUAGGGAGAAAGGGGCAUGAGGGGAAGAGUUGGAGAAGUUUAUUCCCAAAAGGAGGUUCUUACUGCAACCGUUCGUCUCUGGCAUUACUGGGCAGAUGGAGAAAAGUUGACCUGAGAGCAAGAAUGGUCAAGUUCCUACAAGCUCACUGAACACGGGCAAUUGGCAAGCACUUCAAUGAUUCCAUGAGCCGCUGGAGAAGAAUGAGAACCAGGGCCUACCCUCAGAGUUCCUGGUCUAAUCAGGGAGCUAGAAACCAUUACAACAGGGAGUGAGGAAUGCCAAGGCCAGGUUGACAUAACUGGUGAGUGCCAUGGAUUCUGACUCUGCUGGGAGGCUGGGAGGGCUUCCUGGAGGAGGUGAUGCCUCAGCAAGGCCUUGAAGGAUGAAUGGGUUUCUAGGCAGAUAGAGGAAAGGCACUGUGUGCAGUGGAAAUGAUCUACAAAGGCCUGGAGGGGAGAGUAUGGUGAUUGGGUCAAGGAUCACUGUGCAAGAUGUGGGGUCUCACUCUGGAGACAGGGUUUGUUAGGACAGGCAUGGGGGUAGGGGUGAUGUCACCCAGCCCUGCUCUCACCCCAUCCCUUCCUGCCAGGCUUACCCUAGUUCAUAGGAGGGAAGUGAUGGGUCAGGGUCAAGUUCAGUCCUCAGACCCAGUUCUCCUACCUUUAAUCUUUCUCCUCCCUAAGAACCUGGAGGAUGGAUCCAGCCUCUCAUUACCAGCUUAAGCACGAGGCCAGGUCUAGUCCAGAAGAGUCCCUCUUCCCUUUUUCACGAAGCAAAAAGUCCCCAUCCUCAUCCUCUUCCUUCACCCACCCCCCACUUCUGAGUUCAGGGCUAGGGAGUGAGAGGCCCAGAUGAGUGCCCUACAUCCUGGCCCUACUGUGGCCACUGAUGUUCCUUUCAGAGUGCUGGGUGGCAGUCCAGGGCCUCAUUUCUGGGAAGACCUGUGAGGCUGGCUCCUCUCCCUGCAAGGGCUGAGACACCCUGCUUGGUGGGCCUUGCACGCUGAGUCAGGUUGAGGGCAUUGGAAUCUUGGGGCCCAGGUAUGAAGCCCCAAACUUUUCCUGCCUACCCAGGGGCCUUCAAGGCUGCUGUAUGAACUAAUGCAAAACCAGGGAAUUCCUGUGUUUGUCCCAUCACUGCGCUGAUGGAGAAAACAGAGGCCCAGAGAGGGAAAGUGACCUGCCUGAGGCCUUCCUGCCCUACCACAGCUGGCAAAGGCCGGGAUUCACGGCCCCUGCCUCACCGCCAGCCCAGAGCUAUGGACACAAUGGAAGUAGGGUGCUGGACUCCUACACAAGAGGUCCAUCCUGUAAGCUGCCUGCCUAGGGCUCACUCUUGCCUGCUGCAGACACAAAGCACAUCACCGUCUGAGGACUGAGGUGAUGAUUCGAAUUCCACCAAGUGCCCAUCAGCCCUUUCCCACUUUGCAGGUUGAACAGGAUUCCAGCCCCCAAACGGUAGCUGGAAAACUUUUGCUGGUCACAGAGCCUUGGUUUUCCUGUCUUUAAGGUAGCUUUGUGUAUGUUAAGAGUUUUACGUGCAGUUUCGCAAUGAAUCCUCACAAUUCUAUGGGGUGGGUUUGUCGUCCUCAUUUGACAGACGAAGAAGCUGAGAUUCAGAGAGGCUGUGUAGUCUGUCAGUGGCACACAGCUGGGAAAGGGCAAACCAGGACUCAGCCCAGGUCCUGUGACUGCCACGUGGUCUGGUUGUCUGGGAGAUCGUACUCUCUAGGCCUCUGCCUCCGGGCUUCUGGAGGGUUCAGCAGAUAGCAGACUCGGUAGGGUCUGGUGCAUGGUGAAGGGGUAGGACCACGGCAGUCCUGCUGCCUCAGCUGCUCGAUAGCUUUGAAAUCACUUCUGCCAUUCAGAGCUUCCCCAGAGGUCCCCACAGUCCAGGCCGAGAGCUCAGCUAUCCAUCCCUCCCUGGGCUCUGAGUCGGUGGGCCAGGCCGUGCUCCUCACAGGGGCUCAGGCAAGGGUUCCUCUUUUAACCACAAGGCUGGCGUGGGGGAACCUUUGGGGAGCAAAGAGAUGGCCUAUUUUGGAGAGGCCUCCUGUCUGGGUGAGCCCUGGGUAUCUUAGCUUUUUCUUAGCUUUGCCUCUUGGAGGGCCUCAUUCAGAAAAGAACCCCACAGACUUUCUGUUAAGAUACUGAACUGAAUGGCAAGGCUAGAAGGGGCUGGGAGUCUCAACAACUACCUUAUUAGACAGUGGGAAAACAGAGGCCCAGUAAAGGCAAGGAGCCCACUUGGGGCUCUUUACUGCCCCAGGCUGUACAAGGGUAGACUUGGUCCUGAAAGAUGGUCCCUCGUGACCAGGGACAGUCAGGAUAAAAGAUGGAUCUUCUGGACAGACAGCCCCAGUGGAGGGUGGGGUGCUUAGGAAGGAGCCCACCCCCCCCCCCCCCACCCCGCGCUUACCCCCAGGGAGGAGGGAAUCUUCACCAGGACCCUGGCACUGCUCUGGACCCCUCGCAGAUUGUAUCUGCUGAAGAAAAAGCUCUUUGAGAAGCUGCAGUAUCAUCUCUGCCUUUGGCCCCAAACUGGCAUCUUUCCUCUGGUCUAAGACUGGAAAGUUGACGCCCCUCCCUACCAACCACCACCACAAAGUCAUUCCAAAGUUUGGUGUCAGUAACCAGGAAGUCGCCCGACAGCACGCUGCAUCCUCCUCCACCCCCACCUCCCACCGCCACCACUAGCCAAUCAAUCCCAGACGGGCCCCGUCUUCCAACCCUGAAGCGGUAACCUCCUGACCCCUAGCGGCAAGAGCGAGGAACUGCACCUCCCGGCCCGUGCAUGUCCUACUGUUUGUUUCUUCUCAAACCGAGAGAACCUCCCGAUGCAUGGACUCUGGCUGUCGUCGACGCAGACUCUCGUGCACUGCUUAACACCGUUUUGCUACCAUGUGGUGGCUGCAGAAAAGGUCCUUAAACUGCAGCCCCACACACGAUUUUUGUACUUUCGUCUGACCUACUCGAAGGUGUCCUUUUUAAGUCUUAUUUGUUAAUAUUUAUAACGACCUAUAAUCCAAAGUAAAUGAAAACGUUCACUGCAA